UGACAAUAAACUUCAAUGUUUUUCUACAUAAAGAAGAAAAAGGUGCUGUUAUAUUACUUGGAAGAACCAAUAUGUUUCGCUUUAACCACCCCAAAGAAGCUGCUAAGCUGAGGGAGAAAAGAAAGAGUGGACUGCUGUCGUCCUUCAGCUUGUCUAUGACGGAUCUUUCAAAAUCUUGUGAGAACCUGUCAGCGGUUAUGCUUUAUAAUCCAGGUCUUUUCCCUGUAAAAGGACCGAUCUGUCUAAGGCUAGAAUUUGAGAGACAACAACGAGAGGAGCUUGAAAAAUUAGAAAGUAAAAGGAAACAGAUAGAAGAGAUGGAAGAAAAACAAAGAUCUGAUAAAGCAGAACUUGUAAGAAUGCAGCAAGAAGUAGAGUCACAGCGCAAAGAGACAGAAAUAGUACAGCUGCAGAUUAGAAAACAGGAAGAGAGUCUGAAACGGAGAAGUGUUCACAUUGAGAGCAGGUUAAAGGAUUUGCUAGCUGAAAAAGAAAAAUUCGAAGAGGAGAGAUUACGGGAACAACAGGAGAUAGAGCUUCAAAAGAAAAAGCAGCAGGAAGAAAUUUUUGCCCGAGUCAAAGAGGAGCUGCAGCGACUGCAAGAACUUAAUCAUAACGAGAAAGCAGAGAAAAUGCAGAUUUUCCGUGAACUAGAAAAACUUAAAAAGGAAAAAGAUGAACAGUAUAUUAAGCUGGAAUCAGAGAAAAAGAGACUUGAAGAACAAGAAAGGGAGCAGGUGAUGCUGGUGGCUCAUCUAGAAGAACAGCUUCGAGAGAAGCAGGUCAUGAUAGAGCUCCUGAAGAGAGGGGAUGUACAACGAGUUGAAGAAGAGAAAAGAGAUCUUGAAGAUAUUAGAGAAUCUCUUUUGAAAGUUAAGGAAGCCCGAUCUGAAGGUGAUGAAAACCAUGAAGAGUUACAAAAAGCACAGCAUGAUUUUGUAGAGUUUAAAAGGAAGCAACUGGAACAGUUAACUAUUUUGGAAAAAGAUUUAGUUCAACAAAUAGAUCACCUAGAAAAGGAAAUAGCAGAUGAAAAAGGAGCUCUGGAACGCUUAAAAUUUGCACAUGAGGAAGACUUAAAUCUCAAGAGAGAUGAUGAAAACUUUGUGGAUGCCAUCCUCAAGGCUGAAGAAGUUGACAAGAUAAAACCAGCGGAGUACAGGCUCCAAUCUAAAGUACGCCAGCUUGAGUACCUGAAGAGUAAUCACUUGCCUGCUCUGCUGGAAGAAAAACAAAGAGCUUCUGAAGUCCUCGAUAGGGGCUUGCUAGGGUUAGAUAAUACUCUCUAUCAAAUAGAGAAAGAAAUAGAAGAAAAAGAAGAUCAGCUUGCCCAGUAUAAAGCUAGCACAAAUCAGCUGCAGCAGCUUCAAGAAACCUUUGAAUUCACAGCCAAUGUAGCUCGUCAGGAAAAAAAGGUUCGGAAGAAGGAAAAAGAAAUCCUCGAAUCAAGGGAAAAACAGCAGAGAGAGGCACUGGAGCAAGCUGUUGCUAAGUUAGAAAGGAGGCACUCCGCUUUGCAACGUCGUUCGACAAUAGACUUUGAAAUUGAAGAGCAGAAGCAGAAGCUUGCCACCUUGAACAACAGCUGCAGCGAACAGGCGGGUCUGCAGGCUAGUCUAGAAGCGGAGCAAAAAGCCCUCGAACAAGACCGAGAACGCCUGGACCAGGAAAUUCAGCAGCUGAAGCAAAAAAUAUACGAGGGUGAUGGUGGUCAGAAAGGAAAUCAUGGAACACUUGAAGAGAGACUCUCCCAUACCACCUCCCCUACCAGCCCAACAAAGCCACAGCCACCCGCUGCUCCGCUAGUUGAUGAUAGGAUAAAUGCCUUUAUUGAACAAGAAGUGCAGAGAAGGCUCCAGAAUAUUCAUCAUAAAGCUGAGGAUAAUGAUGUUAGCCUGUCCUGGUCGACAGAAAGUUUGAAGGAUAAUGAGAGGCUUAAUAAUGGCACUAUUCAACGCAAGCUGAAGUAUGAGCGGAUGGUCUGUCGUUCUCUGGGAGCAAAUCCAGACAACCUAAAGGACCCAAUUAAAAUUAGUAUUCCACGCUAUGUCCUGUGUGGGCAGGGAAAGGAUGAACACUAUGAGUUUGAAAUAAAGAUAACAGUCCUGGAUGAGACAUGGACAGUAUUCAGGCGGUACAGUCGUUUUCGAGAAAUGCAUAGAACUUUAAAAUUGAAGUACCCAGAGCUUGCCACUUUAGAAUUCCCUCCAAAGAAGCUCUUUGGAAACAAGGAUGAACGAGUAAUUGCAGAACGACGGAGUCACUUAGAGAAGUACCUCAGGAGCUUUUUCUCUGCGAUGCUGAAAUCUCCAUCGUCUCCGCUGCACAUUGAUAAAGUGGGGCUAACUCUGUCAAAACACACCAUCUGCGAAUUCUCACCCUUCUUCAGGAAAGGCGUUUUUGACUAUAGCAGCCACGGGACCAGCUAA